UGUUGUUGAACGCACAAGUGAAUCUUCGAAACAUUAAAUUAAAUGUGAUUUGCCGGGCUUUUUAUAUAAAUUUUAUACAUUUCCCGGCUCCGGAAUGUGUGCCUUUUUAACAGAAAGGGUAAAUUUUUUCUUCCAAGGGAUGUAAUUUUUAAUUUAUUUUCACAAUAAAAAUUGUGAGUACAAAAAUUAUAUACUUGUAUGAGGGUUUGAGUGUGUUAGUAAAUUUGCCUUAGAUCACUUGCAAGAUUAAAAAAAAAGAAUGUCUUCACUACCAGAAUUACCAGACGAAUUUAUCGGAGACGUUUUGAAAGAUGUAAGCAACGACCUUACAAAUUUCGGUGAACCUUAUGAAAACAUGGAAAACUUCAGUUAUGGAGACACUAAAGAUUUUUUACAUGAUGGAAUGCCACCAAUAUCUGAUUUAAGUCGACCAUCAACUGUGGCUCCUGAUGUUAGUGGCGAAAGUAACAAUUCAUAUCCAUCAUUUAAUAAUAAUCAUCCACAAUUUAUUCAACCUUCGAUGGGUAUGAUUCCAUCUAAUGAAGAAUUUCCUGGACCAUAUAAUUUUGAUAUUAUAUUGUUGAAUACAUCCACGAAAUAUAAUUGGGUGUAUUCAAAACAUUUGAAUAAGGUUUUCAUUAACAUGGGGCACCCAUUACCGGUAGAAUUUCGAUGGAUGCCAGCUUUGCCUGAUCUUUAUAUUCGUGCAACACCAUUAUUUUCCUUACCUCAACAUAGUCAAGAUCAUGUGGUUCGCUGUUUGAACCAUUCUAGCAGAACUGAUAAUUCGAAUAAAGAUGUUCCAGAACAUGUAUUUCCUCAUGUUAUUCGUUGUAAUCUUCCUUCAACAAGUUAUUGUCGCGAUGUGGAUGGCCGAUACAGUAUUAUUACACCAUUAGGACAACCUCAACCUGGUACCGAUAGUGUUCGUUUAAUGUACAAAUUUAUGUGUAAAAAUUCCUGUACAUCUGGAAUGAAUCGGCGACCGCUAGAAAUCGUUUACACGCUUGAAAGCUCCAGUGGCGAAAUUUUAGGAAGACGUAAACAUGAAGUACGAAUUUGUAGUUGCCCAAAACGUGAUAAAGAUAAAGAAGAAGAUGAAGUAAAGGGUGUAACAAAAAAAAGAAAACUACCUCAACCACAUUUAUCCUCGUAUGGAAAAAAAUUAUCUGCAAAAGAAGAUGUAGAUUUGACAACGUUUACAUUGCCAUCAAUGAAAAUUGUCGGGAAAGAAGCAGCGAAAUCUGUAAUAAAAUUUGCACAUGACUUAAUGGCUGGCAACGCGCUACGACAAAAUGCCUUUGAAAUAUACAAACCGUACCUGGAUGAGUUGGAUAAGAAAUUGCGAAAUUUUGAACAAGGCCGUAAUUAAGAUUUCGCUUUUUUGCUUGUUAAGAAUUUAAUUUUUUUACGAAUUAAGAGUUAAAAAUUAUGUAAACAUUUUUUAAAAGAAUUGACAAUUAUUUCAUUUUUUUAUCUUUGUUUAUUUAUACAGUCCAUGGGUGUUUCUAGAUCGCAAUAAUUAGGGUAAUUUUGUAAAUGAGCGUAAAUUUAUCGUUUGCUACAAAUAAAAACUGAUAGAUUAAGAUGAGAAUUACGAUGGUAAUCGUAUGGAGCUCGAGAAGAGCUAUUACAGGAAACUGCCACGCGGCUCUUGUUAAUGACAAUAGCCGUCAACUAUUGUGGGAAUUCAAAUCUGCAAACUCCUAAAUUCAUCCAUUAGUGCGCAUGACAUUUGGCAUGUUUGUCGCUAUG